CGUACUUUGGCUUCGUCUAUCAACUAGUUCACUAUUCACUAUCAAUCAUUCUCCUUCUAUUCCAUCUUUUUCAAGAGCAAAUAAAUAUGGGCAAAGUAUUGAGCGAAAUAACGGCUCGCGAGGAAGCCUUCAUCGCCAAGCAGAAAGUGUUUUUCGUGGCGACGGCUCCGCUUUCCGCAGAGCACUGCGUUUCCGUGAGUCCCAAGGCUCCGGGAACUUCGUGCGUAGUCCUGAGUCCACACGCCGUGGCUUACGCGGAUCUCACCGGCAGCGGCUCAGAAACGGCCGCGCAUGUCUUGCAAAAUGGGCGCAUGACUCUUUUGUUUUGCAACCUGGAACAUGGUGCACCCAAAAUCCUGCGUCUGCAUGGCAAAGCCGAGGUCAUCCUGGCCGACAGCGCUUCCAACGAUUGGCGUGAAAAAUUUCCGGAGUCUAUAACAACACACAUUGGUUUUCGUGCGAUUUACAAGCUCAACGUAAAGCGGAUAUCGACAUCGUGCGGGUUUAGCUUGCCGGUUUUAGAGUUUCAAAAGUACCGAACAACGCUUGAUGAAAUUACCGAAAAAGAAGGACCCGACGGCAUUUUUGACUACUGUACCAAAAAGAAUUCCUUCUCCAUUGAUGGAUUGCCUUCCUUGGCAUUGCUUAGGAAAAAAGCGCCCAAUGUCAAAAUCGUCAAAGAAGAAGGAUAUUACUUUGGAAAUGUCAUCCAUGGUGAAUCUGGACCGAGUCCAAGUGCCCAUAUUGACUACGCCGCCCAAAUCCAACCUUUCAAAAAAGACCCAGCAACUGGCACCAUGGUCCUUCGUAGGAUGGACGCUUUGUUUCUUGGGCUCUCCAUUUUGGUUUUGGGUGUUGCGAUCGGCGUAAUGCUUGAACGAUGAUAACAAACGUAAAGGCGUUAUUGGCGUCAUCCAAAAGACCAAUAGGGAAUAUUAGUGGAAGCGGAAGGCUGAGACAAUUUACUGGGGUCAGAAGAAGAGCCAAUUCAGAUAGGAAUAUGGCCGUACAACAAUUUAGUGUGCAUCAUUGUGAAGCUCCUAUUUGGUUUUUACAUUGGAGACAAUAAACAUUCAUUUGUGAAGCGGCAAGGUCGUCCGCACUGUUCAACUCUCUUCCUCUAAUGGCCAGUCG